UCCCAGUAGCCUCACCCCCUCCCGCCUGUAUCUUAUUCGGCUACGUGCGAUCACGACAAGCCUUUUAAAGUAAAGAGGAGAAGGCUGCAUGGGGAGGGAGAAGGAGAGAGACGGAGCUGCGUGUUUUGUCAGCCCUCAUUCUCCUCACCGGGCUCCUCCGUUGUCACAAUAAAGCGCGCAUGGAGGACGGAAGGAUGGAGCGGAUGGAGUCCAUGGAGCCGAUCUCGGCGCACUACACCACGGCGUACCCGGAGAUCCAACCCGACAGCGGGUACGAAUCCAAAGAGACCGCCGACGGCCAGGCGAAGUCUCCCCCGGCGCCGAUGUACGACGAAGACUUCGUACACAAGACAAUCUUGGUUGGGGACAGUGGAGUUGGAAAGACAUCACUGUUGGUGCAGUUCGAUCAGGGGAAGUUCAUCCCCGGCUCCUUCUCUGCUACAGUGGGCAUUGGAUUCACGAAUAAAGUGGUGACUGUUGACGACGUGAAGGUCCGACUACAGAUCUGGGACACAGCAGGGCAGGAAAGGUUCAGGAGUGUGACGCAUGCGUAUUACAGAGACGCACACGCUUUGCUCCUCCUGUACGACAUCACCAGCAAAACCUCCUUCGACAACAUAAGGGCCUGGUUAACAGAGAUCCACGAGUACGCACAGAGCGAUGUAGUCAUCAUGUUGCUGGGCAACAAGACGGACAUGAACAGUGACCGGGCCAUCAGGAGAGACGAAGGAGAGCGGCUGGCCCGAGAGUACUCGGUUCCCUUCAUGGAGACCAGUGCCAAGACGGGGGUGAACGUAGAGCUGGCCUUCACCGCUGUUUCCAAGGAGCUGAAGCACCGAGCCGUCCAGCAUCCCAACGAGCCCAAGUUCCACAUUCACCAAUACAUCGAAGCACAAAAGGAGAAGUCGGGCUGCUGCAGCUACUUUUAGUCUCCUCUGCUGAGCCGAAGCCCUAUUAACUCAAUGCUGCUCCCAGAACACGAUGCUGCCAUUUAUUUAAAGCCAGAAGAACCAACCAAGCUACCACAAAAAGCAAGGUUUUUAUUUGGCCCUCUACGAUGUUAACACACACACUACAUAUUUGCCAUAGACAUUUAAUCAAAGUGUUUUAAUUGUUUGAGAGUAAAGUAAAGCCGAAUGCCUUCUGCUGUGAGAGUUGGAUAAAAUCAAACCAUUCUUGUGUUCUGUCGGACCUGGUUAGCCGGUUAGCAUAAAUGCUAAAGGAAACCGCUAGCCUAGCUCUGUCCGUCUGUUUUUUCUGCCAUAACGACUGACCGAGCACUUAAUGCAGAUGAUCAUAAUUUGUAAUAAUAAGUUACAUUACUUGUAAACCUUUCAAAACACAAACUAUGUGUGUUUUUUUUUUUACAUAUUUUAUUUUUUGCGCUGCUACUUGAUUGUGUCCGCUGCGCAUGCUAACAUUAGCUACUUAGCAAUAAAUACAAACAGGUGCGGCUAGUUGGAAUACCAUGUUGUAUUAUUAUUGUGGUAAUAGUUCAUAAACCAAUUAUUUUCUAACUUACAAUUUGGAAGCCCCGACUUAUCAUCAACAAAGUUAUUUUAGCUCCUCCAAAGUGAAACGUGAACUUCUUUACCAGGUCAGAUUUCAUUGCAAUCCAUUCAAUAGUCAAUCAAUUUUACUAACGUAACUUGAGAUUGAUAUCAAUCUUCUCAUCUAACUAAUUCUAUCAUUCCUUGUUUGAAUAAUUAGUAUUUUCCUCGUCAGACUCUGACUAUGACAAAGGAUUUUUGUUCUGCUAAUAAACUUAACGCCAUACACCCUCCCACCGCUGUCACGAGCAAGACGACGGCACGCCGUCAGAGCGGACAUACUUCUGCAACAAAUCCUCACGUUGUUACAACCUAAGCCUCUGAGAUCCAGACGAGGGCCGCGCGCUGUGUCGUGGAUGCCAUUCAAAGACAAGCCUACGGACAAAAGCCCGUCUGUUCGUAACCCGGUCAGACGGGCUGAAGUGACUGCCGGCUGUCGCCAACGCCUCGCUGACUCACCAGAAGCUCCGGGACACAGCUGGGCAUCCAACGUGAGGACUGUUAUCACAACUCUAUUUAUGAACAUGCGGAGGAAUGCAAAUGUUUUGGUCACCAAAUGUCUCUGGAAGAUCAUCCUCGCAGAAGACCAAAUGUCACACAUGAGCUGUUUGACAAUUAUCAGAUUCUUAAUUUGGUCCAUCAUAUAGGAAAUGUCUAUGUACAUAAUUUACCUAUGAGUCAAGUACGUAAUUUGUAUCUAUUUUUAUGGCUUGACUGUGGAUUUUAAACUUGAGUUGAAUGUUUACUGUAUUGCAUGUAUACAUGGUACAUGGUAUACCAGAUCUGUUUUAUAUUUGAAUAAGGACGAACAAAAAUCAUAGACAAAUAAUGAGCAUUUUUGCUCUCAUUUAAACUCAGGGUUGAAUUUUGAUUUAAAAUAUAUCUAGUAUAUAAAUUCCCAUCAUCAACACCUUAAAAGCUGCAUUGAUGGAUGAAGUUUUCUUGGCCACUUAUUGCUACAUUCAUUUAGAGGUGAGUGUCUUUGCUCGGUUUUGGUCUCCACCGAGUCUCGAGCAGAACGUCUGGCUCUUGAGCUGCUCAAUGCUGCUCUGUGUUCAGCAGCUACUCUAUCUGCCAGUCCUUUUGAAAAACACCAACAGUAUGGGGGUUUUAGGCAAUAACGCCAGCCGUCCAAACCGAUUACUUCUUAUGACGACGCUGAAAAGCUACAUGAGCUGAGGGGAACAAGGAGUUGGUUCAUAAUUCCCCCAAGGUCGUAACUUUCAGACGUUGAUCAAUUGGUAACAUAAAAUCAGCUAACAGUGCCGCUUGGAGAAACUAAUGAUGUCAAAACAACAGCUCUAAGUUCAUGUGUUUACUUCGACACAAGCAAGUGUCUUAUAUUUAGUUUGCGGCAUGCAGUGCUCUUCUCAAAAUGUUUCUUAUUGGCAAGUUGUUGUGAGGAUGCUCAAGUCUGUUCAUAAUCCCUAAGAAAACAAAUUUGAUUAUUGCCUUCUGAUCUUGUACACAUUUACCAGUUGCUUCUGGUCGGACCACGCUGCCAAAAGUCGUCUUUGAUCUGUUGUAUGCUGAAUAUCAAAUAAACUAUUUUUAAGUGAG